AUGCAGACUGCUUCUACAAACAUAUGUGAAAGACUGUGCAAUAAGUCCAUCCGUGAAAUUUCCUUACUACUAAAUAUUCCAUGGUCAACUGUUAGUGGUAUUAUAACAAAAGUGGAAGCAACUGGGAACAACAGCAGCUCAGCCACUAAGUGGUAGGCAACGUAAAAAAACAGAGCAGGAUCAGUGCAUGCUGAAGUGCGCAGAAGUUGCCAACUGUCUGCAGAGUCAAUAGCUUAAGAGCUCCAAACUUCAUGUGGCCUUCAGAUUAGCACAACAGUGAGUAGAGAACUUCAUGGAAUGGUUUCCAUGGCCAAGCAGCUGCAUCCA